AUGUUAAAAAUACUAAACAUUUUCUUAAUUAUUUUAAUUAUAAAAAUAACUGCGUCAUUAAAGCUUAGCAUUGAAGAGACACUGAAUAAAGCAAAAACAUUUGUUGAAAAAAUUAAUUUAGAAGCAAAAGGAUGGGACGCUAAAUUACAUAAACGUUUUGCUUUAAUGGAAGAUAAACAUUUAAAAAUGUUAGGAGUUAAACUUGCAAAAACUUUGGCUCCACCACCUCCAAGAAAUGAAUCGAAAGAGAAAAAUAAGGGAGAAGGGAAACAUAUUAGAAGGAAAAGGCAAACAAGUUGUACUGACACUGUUGGAUUUGAUGCUCGUAACACGUUUCAGUGUUGUGCUGGAAUUAUUGGUGCAAUUCAGGAUCAAUCCAGCUGUGGAAGUUGUUGGGCAGUAGCUGUUUCUUCUGCUUUUACUGAUCGUUAUUGCAUUUCCCGCAUGAAAGCAGGAAAUCCCCCAGCUUUUAAUGAUCCGACAGCAAGAUUUUCUGCUGCGGAUAUGUUGAGUUGUGCAACCUACACUUCCGGUUGCAAUGGAGGAGAUCCUUAUAAUGCCUGGUUGUGGACAUACACCUCGGGAAUUGUGACCGGAACAGAUUAUACCUGGGCUACUGGAUGUAAGCCUUAUCCCUUCCCACCACAUGGAACAACUAUGUACACUGCGCCAGCUUGCACAUAUUCUUGUACAACAGCGUGGAAUAAGGCUUAUAGCGUUGAUAAAAGAUUUUCACAAAUGGUUUAUUUCUUGCAAGGGCAAGGAAAUGUUGCUGCAAUUCAAAAUGAGAUUAAAGCAAAUGGCUCUGUUGUAGCUGUUUUUGAUUUGUAUAGCGAUUUCUAUUAUUAUUCUAGUGGAGUAUAUUCGCACACCCCCUCAGCAACUUAUGAAGGAGGACAUGCAGUUAGAGUUCUGGGAUGGGGCACACAAACAUGUUCAGACGGAACACGAAGAGAUUAUUGGUUAGCCGCCAAUCAAUGGAAUACUGAUUGGGGAAUGCAAGGAUUUUUCAAAAUUCUUCGUGGAACUGAUGAGUGCCGUUUUGAAUCUUCAGAAAUUUCAUUUGGCACUCCAAAUAUUAAAUGAUUAAAAAAAUUUAUUG